CAGUGUUGGUCAGUUGCCACUCAAGCUUACAUCUUCUAACUUCAAUAAACCUUUUAAGUAGAAUUAUUAGUUCUUCAUCUGAAAUAAGUGAAAAUAUUCUACUCGUCACGCGCUUGCGCAAUUCACCUCUAUUCUUUUCCCCACUAUUGCAGUUGCUUUUUACGAGAUUCUGGUUUGCCUUGCAUCCCAGCACCACGAUAAUCGCUUGUGAAAUUUCUCCGAAAUUCACCAACUUUUGUUCCCCACUUCUGUCUCCUGCAUCAUAAACUUAAAUAUCCCCUUUUUACAGUUAAUGUUAAAGGAGUAUAAUGUCCUAGGUCGUAGCGGGUAAGCACUAGCUCAACUAGAACUACAGGCACUACUGUGUGGUCGGAUGGUUUUAAAGUUGUGAUGCUUCAACUUUCAUCAUAUUGAGUACCUGAACUGCAGCAGUCUGUAACUAAUGUUCUCAAAUAAUCUGAGUUUUUGUGUCAAAUAUUGAUACUCAUACAUCUACACUCAGUCUCAGUGUGGCAUCGAAACGACCCACGUGACAACUAAAGAAUCUCUCAUCGAGACUUCACGAAAACAUUAAACUAUUUUCAGUCGUCUAUCCGUCCUUCUACUAGUACCUUACACGCAUUAAUAAUCGCUUGUGGAUUAUUUUCAAUCAUCAAUGUGAAUCGCAAGAUUCAGUAGAGCUGUUAAAUUAUUACCACUCUUGUGUCAAUGUCAAAAAGUUUCUUCUCGGCGAUUUUCUUCCAGUGCAAUAGAUGGAGCGGCUAGUAGUUGUCUUUUUUUCUCGUAGUGAAAAAUAUUUCUUUUGUAUGUAGCGGUAGCCGCGUUGGCGUUUGAUGACAGAACUAAGUGUAAGGUGUCGCACUGCGUAGUCGGCUCCUCGUCCCAUUUAGAUUAUAUCUUCUUCUCCAACUCCUACUCCAUCAUAGACCUAAAGAAUUCGUUGUCUUGUUCAUCGUCCCGAGUUGAAUACGUUUGCUGUUCGUGACUUCUUUCGCAUUUCAUAUAGAAGAUGACAUUUGUGUCUUUCUCAUCACCUAUUGGCGACGAUCAUUAUCCCAAUAUUUGCAAGUAGUGUCAGACAUGUUAAUGGAAGACUCUCUCCUCGAGGAAUUGACGCACUAGUACUAGUAGUAGUAAAAAAAGAAAACUCAUCUAAGCCAGCAGCGACAUCUGCUACGUUGACAUCUAGUACUAUGGCAAAUGAGCAGGCCUCAUAUGAUUUGAAUUUACCAUAUUUCUCAUUGAUUUUUAUCCUUUUAUCGGCGCCGUGACAGUUUCAAUAUUAACUCCUCCAACCUUAUACAUCUAGCGGCUUGCAUCCACCAUGUCAACCAACAGGGCUCAUCGAUCUCCCAAACACAAAAUUGUAAGAGUGGUCCACGCAAGACUUUUGUAGUUAUCUUUGUUAUCUUCUCACAACGUCGUCCGAUAGGAAUUUAUAUUCAUCACAUCAUAUUACGUCUUCUACUUAUUAUUUUUGUGACGAGACAGACCUGCUGAGACUACGCACAGUUUGAUCUUCUAACUAGUAAGCAGUAAACAAGUUGAAGUUCGUUCCUGAAUGAAGAAGCGCGAAACUGAAAGUGAAAGCUAAGGUGGAUUCUAACUAAGAAGUAAAUAAGUGCGCUCUUUCUCUUACUAAGGACUAAAGUACUAGUGAAUCCGUGGAUUCUAACCUCCAAGGAGCAGUAAACGUAAAGUAGUGCUCCGAAGGGCGUUUUAUCCAAAGAUGACUAGCUUUAGUGGGGGCGGAAAAAACACUAGAGCUUCAGCCGACGUCGAUGUCGGUGAAGAAGCAGCCUUGCUACUGGAGCAGGACGAAAAGUGCGGCACUAUUGACUUAGUCAAAAAUGUGCGUGUUCUGUAUUUGGAGGAACCGCCACUCGAGCGCUUAUUUUCCUCGCUCCUGCCUCCGGGUUCGUGGCUCUGGCAGAUCUAUGUCCGUGUCGCGCUGCUUUUCUUGAUCUUCUUCUUCGCAGUCGACAUUGUCGGUGGCGGUAUUGUUUUUCAGAUGCUUGUCGAGACCAGCACCAGCGCGCACCAUUUUCACCCUGCAGAUGAAGUAGUCGAACUAGAUCCGGGAACACCGAACUACGGCCUCCACCAACAUUCGGUCUGGUUCGAGGGUGGACAAGGUGGAAACGAAGCUGGAGGUGGAGAUGAAGCAGCUGGAGGAGGGGGAAGCCCUUCUUUUGAAGCGGUGAGUGCGCCUUUGCUCGGAGGCCAUGGUGACACGACACCAGACAGGAACACGACAGGCAUGUCGGCGUUUGGCGAGGAUUCGAAAAAUAACGUGGCCGGACCGUCCACACAACUCCUGCAGAAACCAGGGGAAGCACACGCAAGCAGCGACCAGCAUAGAAGCAAACGAGGUGGCGACGCCGUCAGCGGUCACAACCACACGGCGAUGUCGGAAAAGGGCUCGGGCGAUGCCGGACGAAAUGGGGGCGUCCCUAUCUUGCCAGCAGGAAUGUCCGUAUCCCGCAAGCAAACCGCGUCCGGCGAGCGUGCUGAAGCACACCCUCUUGAUGAUGCCACACGGAGCGCCCAGAACCAGACUCUUUUCGCUGCUUACGGUUCGGGGAGUAGAUCCGUUCUGACAGGUGAAGGCCCCGCUGAUGAUAACGGCCCUACUGUGGCUGCGGAUUCGGUGCGGUUGAAGGUGGAUGAAAGCGCUACAGCCGCGCCGAUCGGGGCCUUCAGCGUGCAGCUAGCCGGCCUUGUCUCUCGCUCUCUCUCGUCUGAUAAGAACGGCGCCGGCAGUGGUCGCUCCUUGCGCAGCGUAAGCAAUGUGUCUGCUGUGCACACAUCGCCGCCGCACCUGAAUAAUGGUGCCGACACCGAGCGCUUCGGCAACGUGAGCGCCACUGCCCAUGCAGCAUUUUUGGACAUGACCAAGGGGACGUCAUCGCCACACCUGGCAGAGGAUCGCUUGAGAGCAGUCACGACUCUGAGCCACGUUUUUGACAAGACAACGGCAGGCCAGGAGGUGACGGAUAUUGAUGAGCAUGAAGAAGAAAUGGCGUUGCAAAAGCUGUGCGAGUGGCGACCGCCAGGGCCGGGUGGGCGUUUCGGCCGGCUGGUUUCCCUUUCGCGUCUUGUUAGUCAAAAAAAGGCAAAAGAUCGUGCGUCGGGGUGUAUCACAGAGGCGAAGGAGCUGAGGGUUCUCAUGCACGAUGUGACCCAGCAAGUCUUCUUUGCGACUCCGAAAGUUUUUCAAGGAGGUGGCGAUAUUCAUGGCGGCACGCUAUUUCUGCACGCACUUCCAGAUGACUACAAGGUUGUGGACCCGAUCACAUGUAGCUCGCAGCCACCAGUGGCAGCUAGAGGCCAAGGAGCUUCUUCGAACACCGUGCAAGGCCAAGAACUUGGGCCAAAAGGAUUCUCCUGGAGGUGCCUCUGGCAUAAGUUCGAGACAAAUCUGAACCAAGCCGAGUCGAAAACAGCGGCUGUCGUCCCUCUUCCGAAUAAAAUCCACCCGAAUGGCCUCUUUCAAGGAUGGACCGUAAUGAAUAGCGACACAUGGCGUAACCUUCCGCUGUCGCUUGAUGCGCUUUCUGCGAUGGCGUCAUCUGCGAAGCCUGCAGAGCUGACGAAGAAGGGUGUCCUGGGCUACUUGAGGAAAGCAAAGAACAGGAUCGCGGCAAGGUUCGAGAAGGUUAGGAAGACGGUUUCAAAAGGGUGGCUGAAGAUUAUUGGGAGCAAGAAAGGCCCGCCAAAGGCCGACCAAGUGGAACACGGUGACGAUGCUGGCCGCAGUCCCGGUGGGGCGCAACCUCCCGGCCAGGCGGAUCCUUUGAAGCGUCUCGGCGAGUCGGCUGCGUCGCUCCAGAGUCAAGCAGGGAAGAACCUGGGUCCCAACGAGGUCGUGAUUGUAGGCUUUGGGCCUCAGUGUUUUGCUUCCCCUAGCGUGGAGGCCAAUGCGGAGGUCGACGCGCUGGUCAAGGGUGCGACGGUGGCUGUUGCCGAAGAGGCGGCACUUGAAGGCUCGAUCGAGGACGCUGCUGCGAUGGAAGAGGCGUCCCAGGCUUUUGCGAUGAAGUGUGCAGACCCAACAGGAAAAUCUAGCAACAAGGGCACGGCUAGCGACCUCCUCUUAAAGAUGAGCGCGGUGAAGGGUGAACGUGAAUGGGGCUCUUUUCCUAUUAUACCCUCUAGCCCGGGAGCGCCGCGGGGGACUGCUUCGACGGUGGGUAGCUGGGAGGUGUCUCAAGACUUGGGUCGUGCGCCUGUGAGCAUUUUGGUCGCCAGCUAUGCCUUUGGUGAAACUUCAAGUGGGGCCGUCGGGUCUGCCUCGUCUUUUCUGCGGGUGAUGGAUGAUCGCCCACUUUAUCAAAAAAUGCGGACAUGGGGUUGGAGGCUUUUGAGGGUCUCGCUGAUCAUUGGAGUGUUGGGCGGCAUCCUCGCGUUGCCACCGGUGGGCUUGGUGGUCGUUGGGGCUGUGGUAUCGGAAAUUGCGGCAGCGGUGUUUUUGGGUUCUGUUGUUACCCUUGUGACCAGCUUUCCGGUCGCUUGGGUUCCGACGACUGAUGGCAAAAAGGCCACAGCGGCUAGUGAGGGUCGCAAUCAGGACACAAGGACAGCUGAGACGCGGGUGGCGGGCACUUCGGCUGAUGCGGUUGCUGGCAGUACCGGAGGCGGAGCGGGAGGCACGCGUCGUGAGGAAGCGCCUUCCCCGGGGGUCGGCAGGCAGGCUGCACCUUCUAAAGCGCCGACGAUAAAGGGCCCCCCGGCCCCGGCUAAUGCGGUUGCCUCGGCUACAUCUUCUGACGAGGAGGAGGGGAUGGACCACACCCCGGUUACGGCGGUUGCCCCGAGGGGCGCGCGAGGUGGAGGACCUUCCCCUGCGGUUGGUGGUCCGGCUACAUCUUCUGGCACUACGGAGGGGAUGGAGAACACCCCGGUUAAUGUGGAUGAAGCCUCCCGUCGCAGUGGUCCUACCUCUAAGUCGUGUUGCUAGCCCUGAACUAGAUACGAUUUUUUAUAGUAAAAGAACAUUAUUUGAGAAAAAAAUAAAAAAGAAAAAAGUUCUGACUUCUUGUUGAUCUAGUGAAGAUGAGGGUGACGGGACUGCAAUAUGAUAAUGCUGUUGUUCUUGACAAUUUUUUGCAAAUGUAUGGAGAAGCAAGGAUCAUUCAAGUUGAAUAAGUAAAAAGGGUAAGCUAAGUAUAACAAACCAUAAUGCCACCAAGUGUCAAGAGUCACAAUCUUCUUAUAAUAUUAUUCAUCACGGUCUGUAGUUAGUUAUGUAAGUAUAGUUCUAGAACGACAUCAAAGAGGGCGAUUAUAUCAAAAAAGAAAUGAGCCUUGGACGCAAGAGACAUCUCAGCACAUCAGGAAGGCGAAAAUAAGUUGCAGCAUCUCUUUUUUUGUUAGUCUCUACGGUGGUCGCGAAUUAUGACCACACACAAAUGAAGACAUCCACAUCCUUCACUUUCAUCUUUCUCAUCACUAAUCGUAGCUCAGUCCUAGCGUGGACGUGCUCUGCACGAAACAACUGACGUCGAGCACGGAAUCCGUAUGUACGGUCUGAGGUGCCUUCCCAGAGUCGUUGUUUAAUUGUUUAAAAUGUAUGUAGUUGUGCAACAUGCCCCUGCAGGUGUGCUGACUUGCUCACGGGGCCCCGCUGCGUCGGGUUGCGCCUUAGUUUUUCUACAGGGGUCGAAUGUGCGGCUUCUCCGAUAUCCGUAGAUUUGUGGCCGAAUGUACGGUCUUAUGCGCCCCCAGUGUGUAACUUGGAUGACUAUAUUAGUUCAACUGUUGAACAUGUUAAUUAAUUUUUUGAAAGGGCGGUGGCAUAUAGUCCUAACGCAAAAAAAAAAUAAGUGGCCGCUGGAUGGCCUGCGACAGGGACCCACGCAUGACAUGGGGAUGAGAUAAGAGAAGCUGUGUAUGAUAGUCCUGUGGAAAAAAUAGCAGCUGCGGGGAGGCAUUAUUUGCCUUGUGGAGAUACCCUGACUGAUUGAGUACCUGAUUGACAGCAAGUUUGAUCUUGCAGUAGUAUGUAAAUGCUCAAUGAUUAAUUGUGUAAAAAUUGAUUAGUUCAAUAUAAUUGUGUAAAAACUGGACUUGCACCACGCACCUCCCGCUAGGCACAUUCCUUCACUCUUUCAUACCUAGGAAACUUGAGAAUGAUAACAAUAAAACUCGAUAAUUAUGACAACAAAACUCGCGAAUGAUUAUAACAGAUAAUUUGCUUCUCAUAAGAAGCUGGAUAAACGUAGUUCUUCGUUCUAGUUCUAUUUCAAUCAUGAAGAUGUGAAGAUAUCAAGAUAAUGCCACAUUCAUAAUGAACAACGUAAUGUCACAGCGUGAACCAAGAACGUGGAUAGUUGUACGUCGCCCGUCACUUUUUCAACAAGGAGUCAGAAACAAAAAAACACUGUGCCAC